GCGCGCUCUCACAGCCGCUCGCUUCCUCUUCCUCCCGUGCUGAGCUGUGCUGGUGCCCGCCAGACAAGAACGGUAGAAAAUGGCGAGUCAGUGUAAAAGGCAGCAAUGCACAAUCGACAGGCGCGGCUUUCGGCAGGAACUUGACUCGUGGAGGCACAAACUCAUUCACUGCGUGGGUUUUGAAAGCAUUCUUGAUGGUCUCUUUGGUCCGGAGCUGGUGGAAGACCUAAAAUUAUUUAAAGACUUUGAGCCCACGACAGUGUCUGACUGGUCAUUUGAUGAGAAUUGUCUGUUCUGCUGUUUAAGACGAGACAAAGUAAAGGAACACUUAAUUGGCCUGAGCCACGAGGGUCUUGAAGAUUCACCCAAACCUCUCCAGAUUAAAGAUCAAACCACAAUCAGCCGACUAGAGAGACAAGCUGAGGAAUUUCUCCAUGCAGUCCUCAACAGAAAAGAUGUGCCAAAUUUUGCGGACCCACACAUUCCAGUAGUGGCUCGAGAGAUCCUCCAGAGAAUGAUCAAACAAUUUGCUGCCGAAUAUACCUCAAAAACCAGCUCCACUCAGGACAGUCGCUCAGAUUCUCAGCCUCUCUCUGACCAAAGCCUGCCGACCCCGCCCUCCAUCUCAGGGGCUCCUCCCUCCACCAGCCCCGCUCCUUCCUCGACCGGGCCUGUACACAGCCUGAACCCUGUCCUCAGUAAGCUCCUCAUGGCAGACCAGGAUGCUCCUCUUGACCUCACCAUCAAGAAGCCCCUGGCUGUGCCUAGUGACCAAGAUGGAGUCCUUGACCUGUCAAUCAAGAAGAGUCGCUACAGCAGCAUCCUGCCUGCCCGAAGCCCCUGCAUCUCUCCUGCCUCCCCCGUGAUCAAAGGUGAGUCUCUGGACUAUCAUGUGACAAAAGCAAAAGACCUGCAGUCCACCUCCACGCUGGAACACUUCAUGGCCAAACUCUGUCCCCACCAUCAGAGACAGAUAGUAAAUGCCAUAGGUUUUCUGCAGACAGAGGUCAAAGCACUGGCACCUUCCAAUAAGAAGCAAGACUCUAUCUCUGCCUCUUGGGGCCAGGGAAUUACGUGUUCCACUCCAAAAUCCAGCACCCUCACCCCUGAGAGGUCAUUCGCUUUCACUUGCGAAUCCACACCCAAGUCAGAAGUCCAGGAUAUGUCCUAUUCUAUCCGAGGCGGCUGUGCAGCGGUGAAAGUUCAAGAGAACAUGGUACCCCUGAAAAUAUCUGCUGCUGGCCCUGCUUUGGAUCUUCGCAGCCCCGGGUCAGGGAGUAGCCAGUCUCCUGUCAGCCCCAGUGCUAAUCUAGGAGAUUCAGAUAACAGCCGUCAGGGCGAUCAUGCACCUCUUAAAAUGAAAAUUAUGACCAGUAAUGUUGCUGCCGGUCGGAGGUUGUCAUGUGUGCUCAACACCUCUUUGUCAUCUCACUCUGACACUAUGGAGGAAAGAGAGGUUAGCUUGAAUUCACCCAGCAGAACAGAGACUCACAGUGCUAGACUCAGCUCUAAUAUUAAAAGACACAAUCAGUCUAGUAGCACACACCAAGCUAGACAGAGAGAGACUCUCCGGCAAGCCAAAGAAUCACCAACAAAACUGUACUCUGGUUAUAUGACCAUUCCUCCAGACUCCCCGCGGACCGCCAGGAAGACCAUCAGAACAUCCUCUGAUCAUCGGGACUCUGCUUAUAGAGGAAUGGUUGACCCUGAUCUAGGCCACUGUGACAUUGUUUUUAUUGACAAACCAAUUACAGAGUGUUUUAAAGAGAGGCAGAGCAGCAUGGUGCCGCGUCGCAAUGCAAGAAAAAGCACCAGAGGGCACAUAUAUUGUGAUGAAAUCUGGGAGUUAAAGACGGUCCGUACACUGGCUGGGAGGGGAAACUGUCCUCAUCCAAUGCCAGAGCUGAUCACACUGGUCACCCCAAAACAAAUUCUUUCAAAGCCUGAAGGUGUACCACCUGUGGAUAUGCCUUUCGCUGGAGCAUGCAGGGAGACAAUGAUCCAACAAAUGUCCACAGAACAAUCAGAUGAGAGUGUGAUACCAGGAGCAGGAGAUAUGGUGGAGGCAGCAGCCAGCGAAGUAGACAUUGUAGUUGAAACAAGUCAGACAGAUCAGAGUCAGAGCACCGUGCAGUCUGUUCCUCCAUCUCCCAAAAGGUUACAAGUAGAGAGUAAAGAAACUGAUUUGAAUACAAAUGUAGAAGAAGAUGUAUCUGCAGAUUUAGGGAUUUCAACAGAAUGUGAGGAAAGUUUCGAUCCGGCUCCAUCUGAAGCAGAAAAAGACGACGAGCCUGAGCCCACAGAGGAGAUACAUGAACGUACGGAGCAAACAGAAGAAACAGUCGUGGAACCCUUAGAGAAUACUGCCCUAAGAGAAGAGGAGCCCCAGCUUUCAUCAGAUGAACUGCUUAGUACCGAGUCUACUCUUGAGCAGACCAGCCUACCAAUACCAGUGAAUCAAGAAGAGGAAGAGACAAAAACAGAGGGAAGUAAAGAGGAGAAAGUACAAGAUGAGCAACCUCAGGAAAUGCAGCCAGAGACACAGACACUCAACGACAAGUCUGAAGUUGCAGAAAAGCCCCAAACUACCGGUUCAGCAGAGGAGCUGCAGACGAACGAGUCAGAGAAUCAAACAUCUGAAACAGCUGAUGGUGUGACGCCUGUAGAGACAGAAGAUGACAAUGAAGAGACUGGCGUUGAUGUGUCCUCCAAGUCACUGGACGCGCUCUUGAAGGAGUUGCCCCCUUGGCGUAGAAAAAAAGGCACAGUUAUCGCUCUGCCCAAACGGUUGAGACAAUCUGAGACCGUAGUGGUGGGUUACGUUAAUGGAAGACCUGUAUCUGCCAGCGAUAGAAGUUUGCGGCGUAGAUCAAGUACCAGUACAUCUCCCAGUAGAACACCAGUGAAAUCUAGGAACAAGACUUCUGCAGAUUCCAGUCUUGAUUCAACUGCAGGAGACUUAAAUCAGGAGGAACAUCUAUCUGAAACACACUCGCCUCUCAAAUCAGCUGAGACCACUCCUGAGGUUUCACCUGUGAAAGCACCAUCUUCUACCGCGUCUAGCCCGUCAUCUAAAGCGUCCUCCAGGUCAAAACAAAUCAACAAACAAAAGAAAACUCAAGGAGGUCAGGAUGGCUCACCUGUCCUCUCUGAUCAGCUGGAUGAGGCUGCUCAGAGCACAGAGUCCAAACGGCAGCUUAGAUCGACGAGACAGAAGCCGGCUGAAUCUCAAGUACCACCACCCACAUCAGAUGCUGUCCCUUCUACUGCGUCGCCAAAACCUGCUGCUACCCAUGCUCUUUCAUCUACGGAGAACAUUCCCUCGCUACCCCUUCCUACUACGAUUCCUGUUACUGCUCCUGUAGUCAUGUCACCUCCUCCUGCAGACACUGAACAGUCUGAACAGUCUGAUGAGUCUGAACAGGCUGUACAGUCUGAAGAGAUCACAGCCCAAGAGGCGACUGAGGAAUUACACAUAGAGAAAUCCCAGCUAGCAGAAACAACUUCUGAAGAAACACAAGAGGACAAUGUAGAAAGUGGAUCGCAAGCUAAACAGAAUCUGAGUUCAGCAGAAGCCGUAGUGGACAACAGUGGGCAUGAGAAACAGCAACCAAGUGCUGAAGAAUCAGGUCCGUCAGAGACUCAAAGUCCUGUAAAGACUGAAACGCAGACUACGCCAUUGAAAAGCAAGCGGGUUCACCGAAAGGAAGUGGACGCUUUGCGGCUGGACCAGCCAAAUGUAGCAUUUUUAAAGGCCAGGUCAGCAAGCGAAGAUGAAAGUAGUUCAGACAAACCCACGAGAAUGCCGUUAAGGAGUGAGAGCACUAAGGGUGGAAUGUCUCACCAGUCUGUUACUCAGAGUCCAGUGGACAACAAGAAAUUAUCUCUGAGGUCGCAAAGAUUGGCUUCACCUCCGACCUGUUCAGUUGCUGUCCCUGGAAGACCGAGUGAAGUAGCUUCCCCCAUCAGAAAACUGCCAGAAAGAGUAACUAAAGCUCAGGUAAAGUCCCCUCCAGUGUCUGUUGUUUCUGCAUUGCCCCACAGCUCAGCCGCCCCUGCCACUACGUCAAGACAUGAGCCCCAAAGACAAGCUAACAAGUUCCUUGAGGCCCUGACUGGAGAAGAUAACCAACAACGUAUAACAAAUCUGAACCUUAAGUUCGAUAAGAUGCAAAGAGGAUGGGUGCAAAUGGACAAAGAGGGUCAGCCAGCAAUAAAAUACAAAAACAAAGCAGACAGGCAGGCGGCUAUAUGGAAGAGUAAACGUAGGGCCAAGAAACCAAAGUCUUCGGAGCACCAGAAAUACUCUCCAGUUCAAAUGCUUUUCAUGAAAGGGUUUAAUCUCACCAGUAUUUGUCGCUGGUUCCUUGAAUCAACAGAAACAAAGUCCCUUGUCAUCGUGAAGAAGGUGAAUACUCGUCUUCCAUCAGAAACUCAGCUGUGCUUUCACAGCUCCUCCAGCGCAGGGACCUCUCAGGGGGUCUUUCCCAGCCUACAGGCGGAGCGCUUAAAGAAACACUUGAAAAAGUUUGCGAUUGCCUCUCCUGUAAAGAGCAACCCCAAGAGUCAGAAACUGAUCGCUAAAGCACUGGAGCAAGAGCCAUCUGCUGUCAAAGGGAAAGAGAGGAGAGAACUCCUUAGUACUACUCAGACUGUGAACGAGUCACACUCCUCUGCUCAAGCCAGGGCACAGACAGGGGAAGCUCAGAAAUCCUCAGGGAAACCAAGGAAUCCAGCGAGCGCAAGGAUCCUGAGAAAAUACUCAAACAUCAGAGGGAAGAUGCAGGUUCAGCAAACCAAUGUUAGACUGAAUAAGGCCUCAAAAACCUUAAAGAACAACAGUUUGAAGAGGCUGGCUAAAGCUAAGUCCACCACUACUAAGUCGAUUCUGAAACCAUCUCUGAAGGCUCAGAAAUCAGCCCUGCCUGUAACCAAACAAACGAAAGCAGCUAAAAUAGAAAAGAGGAAACUAUUGGCUGACAAAAAACCUACAAAGCAUCCUGUUCAGGAAAAGCCAGUGAAAGCUCAGAGCAGCGUUCGAGCUUCAAGAGAAACAAUUAAGAAAGAACUGCCAAAGAGAUCUUCUCAACGGCUUGGGUCUCCUAAAGUACCUGAACACAACACAGUGGAAACAUCUAAAAGCAAAGUGGACAGUAAGAAACAACCUGAAGCAGAGAAGGUAGAGGUUGAAAAACCUACUGUGAACAAAAUGAAUGCUUCCAGAGUCCAAACUAAAGAACCGUCACAAAGUACGGUCACUGAAAUCAAAGGUGCAGAGACUGCUGCUGCUGAAACCCCACAGCAGGGCCCGGUUCCAGUUUCACCCGACCAGGUACUAACAAGAUCACAGAGGAAAAUGGAGGCAGUGGUUCCUAUGAGCGGUAGCAAAAGUCCAGCUUUAAAGAAGACCACAAAGUCAGUUAAAGCCCCAAAUGCAUCUCCGAAACCGGUCAGGAAAGCAGACGAACCGACGCUGACGAGAAGCGGGGCUUUAAGGGGGCCGACGAAGAGAGGUCGGGCGGCCUCGUUGCCACGCAGCUCGGGUAAGGCAGGAACUAAGAAGGCUGAGCAGAUCUCAGAGACCCCAGCGAAGCGCACCAGGACAUCACUUGCAAAAUAGAACAGAGCGGCAGGGAGAGAGAGUUUUUAUUUUGUGGGUUUACUCGAUCUGUAAUACAUUCAUAAGGAACAGAAGUAUCUAUUUUUUAAUCUCACAACUUCCUCAGAGGAUCCCUUUUUUCAGGAGGCGGAGUUGUGAGGAAACAGAUUUUGAAAGUGAUUUAUGCUUUUGUAAAGCUUCAGUGUAAAAAUGCAAAUGUGACUGAAUAUGUGGUGAGCGUUUGCUCUCUGAUUACGGACGUCUCUCUAGUCCUACAUGAUGUCUAGCAGACGUAGUUGCUGUACGGCUUUAUCUCUCACUCUACGACACGGCUGGAGAUAACAACAGCCUUCAAAAACCCUUAUUUCUAAAGUUGGGAUAACUAACGUUGCAGUUCAUCGUGAGGUAGUUAUCAAGGUCAUUAAAUUCCUUCAUCUUGUUUCUGUGCUGCGGUUUUGUAUGUAAUUAUUGUUUUAGAUGAUAGCAUGCACUGAAGUGUUCAGAGAGCUUGCUAAGAGUCGGGAGAUCAGCUUUUGAGAAUCGUUACUCACAGUAAGUCGGCAGCUUGUAUCUCCAGCCUGUCUUCCAAUCACAACAUUGUGAAUAUGUGACUGUUGUGACCAGGUGCCUUAUUUAUGAAGUGUACAAAAUAAGAAUGUGUAAAAUGUGAAACUCCUGUCCUUUAGCUCUACCAGCUUUCUGUUCCUGGAGAGGCAGUCGACUUUGGCUUGCUUGAUGAAGAGUAUGCAAAUGAUUCCGUUCCACCUGGUGUAUGCCUCGUGCUUCAGCUGUAUAUUCCUCUGUUGACUGAUCUUCUCAGAGUUUCUGAUUUUUCUCUCGUCAGGCCCAUUUUCCUGAGCAUUAACAUAAAAAUUGUUCUCAUGUAGAUGUCAAAGCAAAUAUGAAAUCAUGUGUGUGUUCAGACUUUGUUGUUUUGGGUCAGUGCUCCUCGCCUUGUACCUUUUGCAGUCAUUUCUUAACGCUGCACCCAUCCCCCAUCGUCGUCCUCUCACAAUAGAGACUUCUCUUUUAAUCUUUAUCUGCGUCUGCAUGUGUAAAGUGUUGUUAAUGUGGAGACAGUUUUUGCAACUCUUUCGUAGAUCUUGCCCUCAUAGAACUGAGACCCUGAACUUUAUUUAUGCCCAGUGUAUUUGAAAAUAGUAACCCCAUCUAAGACUUUGUAUGCACAUACAGUGCCUGGUAAAAGCUGCACUGAAUAACAAUAUGACCUGACUUUGGGAUACUGGCUUGUGUCAAAAUAUUUCCUUGAUAUAAGACCUGAAAGUUUCUUCUAUUGUGUUGGUUUAUAUGAAUGAAGUAUAUGGGCCCUCUAGCAUUAAAGGCUGGGUGAUAACAUUGUCCCCAGUUACUCAGAAGUUCCAUGUGAACAUUUUGGAAUCAUACUUCUGUGUUUUCAAGUAUGUUGCAGUUUUAUUAUUAUUAUUAUUAUAUUGUUUUUUAUUGUCAUUGACUGUCAGGCAGAUGUUCUCAUAAUGUGAAGUCUUUACUUCCACAGUAGUCACAUGCAUUAGUGUGUCGUCAAAGAAAAAACACAUUUUCAGCACAGCGUUGUUGUUUUUUUUAUGGUCAUUUCUUCUUAGAGAGUAAUUCAUCUGUAAAUGGAAAAACAUGGAUGUCAUGUUUUUAUUGUUAUUUAAGAAUUCCUUGUAGGCUCAUGUAUUUAGCAAAUCUAAAACAGCCCACCAAAUACCAGACUUGAACAUGUUUAUUCUUUACAGUUGCUAUUUAAAGAUUUUGAUUUUGUAUAUUUAGAAAAGAAAUAACUGCUUUAUUUGUGGUAAUCCCAAGAAUGAUACAUCUUUAUGUUAAGAACUUUGUAUUUUUGCUGGAAUUGAUAUAAAGAUGUUUGAAUUUUAAA